UUUUCUUUCUUUCUCUCUGAAGCAACAGAUCUGCAUUUUUCUCCCUCCCUUCUUGCCCAUCUUCUUCCAAGCCCGCCCGCGUCCUCCUGUGCUGCCGCUACGCUCCCAAGUGUGGAACCGCUCGUCCCUCUCCCCCCACCACGGUCUAGUACCGCGCCGUGCCAUUUAGCCGAUCGUCUUCAAGCCGCUGCCCUCGUCUCAGAUCAAAGCAGAGCUUGACUAGAGGUAGAGGGGGCGCCGCUCGAUGAUCUGGAAAUGAGAUUUGGGGCUUUAAGAACUGUUGUUCGAUCGUUAUCUCGCACCGUACUGUCCCGCGCCUCCGCCACAUGUCUGGCGACAUCGUUUCUCUCCUCUAUUCCGUUUCCCAAAUCUGAUUUCCGCUUCGCUUUUGCUCCGGCGGCUCACGGACAAUCUCCAUUGAUUCCGGUGUCUUCUCACUUUCACAGCUUAACAGAUACUCGUUACCCGAAGAGAAGACCCCAAGACAAGCCGCGACGAAAGCAAGCGAGCUUGAGACCUCCAGGGCCAUAUGCUUGGGUACAGUAUGUACCGGGGAUGCCAAUUCUUCCCAACAAUCCUAAUGAAGGGAGUGUCAAGAGAAGGAAGGAGAAAAAGCGCAUGAGGCAGCAUCGGGCGUUUGUAUUGAAUCCCCCACCAGUUUCUGUCCAUGUGGAUAAAACAUCAGAUAGUGUUUAUUAUUUGAAAUUGAAGCCAUCUAGAUCAAGACAACUACCAGAUGGUUUCUGGAAUUUCUUAGAGAGAUAUGGUUUCCGCUAUGGGGAUGGUGUUACCACCUUCUGAGGUUUGGCUUCUGCUGCCCUAAUGUUUUGGUGCUUAAUCUUUACUAGUUCGAUUGAUAAUUGAUAUCGGAAGCAUUGCAUAUAUUGACCUUUCUCCAUGGCUUCUAUUUUGUUUGCAUUUACCAUCACUAUGUUAUUUUGAAAUCUUACAUUUGAAUUCUUCUCUCUGCAAUACACUGCAAGUCAGUUA